GUAUUCAUUGAUAGUGAACAGUUUAUACGCGAGGCACGUAUUGCGUACAACAACAAUCGUUCAUAAAUAUCGCGGAAUGUGCUACGCAAAUUAUUUACAGAGUGCAUACUCUCAGCUCUCGAAGUCGGACGAAAUGUACCUGCAGCUGAAAAAGAUCAGGGAUGCAGAAUGUGUAAAAAUGAACCAGGCCUCGAAUGCUCUGAUGACUAUCAAGACUCAAAAAGAUCGUGAGUGGAAUAAGGAGCUUGUUGCUGAGAAGAUUCUUCUUGAAUGUGAUAUACGUAAUAAGCUGAUCGUACAGAAAAUCCGCGAACUGAAGUGCCCAGAUGAUUAUUCCCAGGUCUACAAGAAGAGGGUGCCUCACAAGGGAAGCAUCACUGUCUCCAACUUCGAGUUCGACAUCAAGAUGUCCCAGGACAAACCCAAGAAGAAUACAUAUACAGACUUCUAUGUUUUGGCGCUUUCAUAUGGUACCACACUGCACAUGUCCAACAUAGCGAAGGUUAACGAGAACAAACUUGUAUUCAAAGACACCUUUAUUUUGAAGGAUCUUGAGGAUAACUUCGGAAUCAAGGCUGAGCUUUUCACUUUGAGGCUGAAAACAAAAAAGGACAGCAUUCGAAAAAUCUGCAGGAAUAUGUUUAAGAAGACGACACACAACUGCUGCACGAAUAAAAUUUACUACGAAGAUCUGAACCUGAACGAACUGCUCCAGUCGGACAUCCUGACACCGUCAUUCACACACUGCCUUCAGUUUAUGCUGACAAAAAAUCAAAUUGACAACGGCGCACUUUUCAUCUCACCGCCGCCCGAAUCGAAGUUCAGGAAUUACGUCAACGUCAACGUCGCUGUCAACAAAUUGGACCUUGAUACCGAUCUGUCAGGGUUCCUGACUUGGGGCACCAAGAGAGAGUCCAUCAUCACUUGGGAAAGAAAAUGGGUCUCGCUUAAAGGUACCCAAUUUUCAGUCUACAAUUAUCCACAGGACGAGGAGUAUGAAAGAGACCCUUGCCAGAGCAUCAAUUUGCAGUACUGCCUCCUACCGUUAGUUAAGGAAGUUGAGAACUGCCCAAGAAAGAGGACAUUUGUAAUCAAAACAGGCAGACCGAGCACCUUUGUGGAGAAUGAAGAAGAAGUUGCUUUGAAAAAACGAUAUAACUUUGUGUUGGAGAAGUUCUAUAUUUCAGCGGAUAAUAAUGUAGAUUAUAAGAAAUGGACCGAAACUUUGGAAUCAUCUUUAGAUACUAUGAGGGAUUGGAAGCAACUAGUCUUUAUAGACGAUUAUUAUACAAAGUAAUAGUAAUAUCAUUAGAUUUUCGCGUUCAACGAUGUAGAUCUAGUUAUGUUUAUGUUAUACAGAGUGUCCGCAAAUUUGUGACUUCUCUUCUCUUUACGCGGCAUAUAGAUCUUGAAAAAACAAGCGGUAUUUUAGUAGCAUAUAUUCCAAAGUCUUGAGAUAACCGAGAUAUUGAGUUCCGCAAAAUCAAACCAAAGUCAAACUUAAUCCGCUCCUGUAUUUCGAUCAGAUUAACAGUGAGAAGCCACGACAUGGGUCAGUCCUCAACCCAGACGGGGGCAGUGUAGGUAAACAAAAGAUUCAUUUACCAAUCGGUACAAAAAACAAAAUGGCACACUCGUACAGCAAUAUCGUACUUGCUGAAAUUACUUUAAUUUCUGGUGAGUGACUUUUAAACGCUACCGAGGCUUCGCGAGUAUAUGCAGAUCGUUUUCCCAGGCGUUAUCACCCAAGGCUGCGUGAAAACGCGCAUGCUCACUGGACCUUUUAUUCUGCAUGGUUUACAAUACCUAAACUUGCUACGAAACAUUUUACCAAGAGCGACAACUUCGAAAUGUUAUAAGUGACAGAGCCGUACUUGAAAUUUCUCUGCAACUGAACGUUGAGUACUUUAUCAUAUGUUUUUUUUACUUUUUCGCUGCUGUUUCACCACACAUUAGCUUUGUUAUUUCAAUCAUAGUUGUUUCUGAGAAGGAAAGUUCCAACUUUCAGGACACCUUGCAGUAAGAGUAGCGAUACAAAGCGCUUUGUUCUGAUGAACGCGAACGAAUGUAAGCGUGUUGUUACGUUCUGUGUCUGUAAGUCAUCAAUGUAUAUAUCUGUAAAUAUUGAACUGAAUCACUAUGGUGCACUUGUCGAAUCGUAUAGCGAAAAUUAGCUCUACCUAUUUGAUAAAAUCAAAAGAUAUAAAUAGUAUAACUUAAGGUGAUCCUUCAAUAUAUUUUAAUUAGAUAUAUCAAGUUUUGUUUAUGUUAUUUGACUUUUUUGUCUGUCUAUAUCUGUAAAUAUUGACAUGAAUCGUAGUCUAUGGUGCUCUUAUCGAUUCGUAUAGCGAAAAUUGGCUGUACCUAUUUGAUAAAAUGUAGAUAGUAUAAGUUAAGGUGACCAUUCAAUUUAUUUUAAUUAGGUAUAUCUAGUUAUGUUUAUGUUAUAGUGCGAUUAGCGCUUUGUUCUGUAGAACGUGACUGAUUUUAGCGUGAUGUUACGUUAUAGUCUUUGUCAUCUGACAUUUUUGUCUGUAUGUGUCUGUAAAUAUUGAACUAAAUCGCUAUCAUGGUGCUGUUACCGAUUUGUAUAUCGCAAAUUAGCCGAUAAAAUCAUAAGAUGUAAAUAGUAUAGAUUAACGUGGCUUUAUUUUCGAUAGGUAUGUCUAGUUAUGUUUAUGUUAUAGUGAGAUAAGCGCCACAAAGCGCUUUGUUCUGAUGAACGUGACUGGUGUUAGCGUGAUGUUACGUACCAUGUAUGUACGUAUAUUGAACUGAAUCUCUAUAUAAUUGAUAAAAUCAGAUGUAAAUUGUAUCAUUUAAGGCUAUUUUUCAAUUUAUUUUCGUAAUUAGUGCAAUGAUUUCUAUAUAUAUAUAUAUAUAUAUCUAUUAUUUGUAAUGUAAUAUCUGUGUUUUCCAAUAAAUUUUUUAUAAUACUAAAUA